UUGCAGCGUCAGCACAGAGACGCGGCCUGGUGAAUUGCGUGGCUGGCAGCGAAGCCUGGAGGCUGGCAUGGAGGCCUUCGAUUGCCAGUCAGUCAACCUGGACAGGUCCAGCAGGCCCUUGUUCUCCGGAAGGCGGGCGCCUGCAGAAAUAAAACAUGAAGAAGUUGUGGCGUGCUACCUGAAAACCUCACAGUUGGCACUGGCUUUAGCUAUCAUCCGCUCCAAGCCGCCAGAUAAAAGCAGCAAAGAAUAUGCAGAGCACCUGGCCAAGAUAGUAUCUGGACAAGAUUUUAAGUGGAAAUCAAGAAUUGCAAUGUUAGAAGCUGAGGUUCUUCAUUUAAGGCAGCAACUCCUACUAAGGAAGACGUCUUCUGGCUUAAGAGCAAAACAUGGGCCUUCAGAUGAGACUCCGCCACUACCUAUUACAGAAGAAUUCUCAGAUCAUCUUGAAGAUUCUGGAUGUGAUAUCUCAAAUCACUGCAUGAUUGAUACUCUAGAAACAUUACCUAGUUUCAGUCACAGAAGCCGUGGUUGCAACAGUUGUGCAUCUGAGCCAUUGUCAAGUAGAAUUCCAAUAUGGACUUCUUGUAAGGCCAGCAAGCAAAAGUCUUUGAUCUCACACAUGCAGUUCCUACAAAAUUUCUUUGAACUAAGAAAACUAACAAAAUCUGGAGGCCUGAAAACAGACUUGGAAAAACUUGGAAUUGAUUGUUCCAUAAUAUCCCAUUCUUUCUCACAGUUGCUUGAUGGUCUGGUUACUUCGUACAGCCUCCCUGAACUCCCCUUUUUAGAUGUUACGAGUCAAGCAGUUUCUCUUAUAACCAAGUUAUUAAAUGAUGUGGAUAUAUCGAAUCUGAUUCUGGGGAAGUGCUUGAAGAAGCUGGAAGACUGUAUGAAAAGGCUUCUUGCCAUUGUUUUGAACAGCAGCAGUCUCAACAGAUUUCAGAUGCAGGAAUCUAUAUCCCAUGCCCUUGUUUUGCUUGGCCAGUGCAGCACUUUAAGGAACUCUACAAUAUCCCUGCUUUUUGGACAAGUCUGUCGAUUUACUGAUGAGUUGCAGCAUGCCAAUAAGAUUCAAGCCAAGUACAGUAUACAAUAUGAAAAUGUUUUCUUUCUGUGUAGAAUAUUAGAACAGCUCCUUGAAAGUCAGACAGAGCAGGAAAACCUUUGUGGUUCCGGAUGUGGCGAGGAAGAGAAGAAGAAAUUUCUACAAAACCUCAAUCAGGCUAUUUUCCAUCUUUCUGAUCAAUUCCCCUUGUUCUGUAUUUAUUUGUGGCGACUGGGCACUCUUCUGAAUGCAACACAAAUACAAACCGGUGAAAGAAAUGGGUCUGCUUUGUAGCAUCAGUAAACAUUAGCAAGCCAAAGAAGAGGCCAGAAUGAUUAAGGCAUGUUCGCCACUGAAACAAUAUAUAUCACCAGUAAGAAUUAAAUCCAUCAAGACAUGGUGCUGCAAUUUUCUUUUUUCAUGUCAGAAUUGCUUGGGUAGAUGUUGAGCAGUUUCAUGAUGUGGCGGCAAAGGAUUUGUUUAUGUCACCUGAAUUCAAGUAACCCAAUAUAAUAAAUGGAAUAAGUAAAAUGUGUCUCGAUUUUUAAAAUCCAAACACUUGUUAAAAACAUAUAGUGCAACUGGGGGCAUACCAUUAAGAACUUAAUUAUGCAUGUUUUAAAUGAUAGAUGACUCAAAUUUAGCAUGCAGUUUGUUUUAAUCAGUUGAAUUGUCAUCUCAGUUAGAAGUCAUUCUUCAUCUCCUGUGCGUUUUUUCAGGAAAGAGUCCUAUACUAUUUUGUACUGGAAAACACAUCUGAUGCACCUGACCUUAUUUCAUACAUCUAUUAAACAUUUCCAGGAUUUGACAAUUGAACUGUCAUAUUAUCUUAGAAUGUAGUGCUACCUGAAAAAAGUUUCAUUAUCUUGCUUUCUGUAAAAACUAUUUGCUUUUGUUAUACAUUAUGAACAGUGUUUAAUAAAAAAAAAUCAACUCAUA